AUGCUCAUCGCGUCCAUCGCCCGCAGUAAUUUAUCCCUUCUCGCCCAAGCUAAGAUCGACUACAUUUUAGGACUCUGGCAGGGCCAAUAUCCUCGCCAGGCCACCAUUGAGCACGCCGCUGUCUGGCUCGAUAGCAUAAACGCAAAAGGGCCACCCUUUGCGGAUGUGACCAACCGAUACGAUUUUCUCGAGAUUUUUCGCUUCAUGCAUGGUGUAAACAUACCAUAUAACCCGGCAGGGGUCCAACUGGAGGGUCUCAAUGCGUUCUUGCCGAUCUACGAGCGGAGUGCCGACUUUUUGCUCGACAUGGCGUGGAAAGGGCUCAGCGCUACAACGCCGACGACAGCCAAGCUGGAGGAUACGUACUGCAAAGUUCCUCCGUCUGCUUCACUCCGGAAAACAGUGUCCGCUCUGAGCUUGGCCGUGAUUUUGGCCCCAGCCUCUGCGGGCACAGUGAACUCCAGCCACAGCCCGUCGGUGGAGAAGGCCUCCGAAGGGGUCCAUGUCGCUGAAUCGAACGAUGGUAGAGGGCCCGCAGGCGUGGGGUCUGUCCUCUCUCUAAAUUUCUACUUGCGGAUGCUUAUUCACCUUCUGGGCGACAUCCACCAGCCUCUCCACACCACCUUGGCCUUUUCUCCGGCGUUCCCCGACGGCGACCGUUUCGGGUCGAAGAUCCCAGUCAUCGGCCCCAAGGGAAGAGCGACGAAUCUCCAUUCGUUCUGGGACGCAGCUGGGGACUUGUAUACGAAGCGGGCGGUCGAUAUAAGAGACGAAGAGCUUCUCGAAGAGGCUGAAUCGAUAAUGCGCGAGUUCCCCAAAGCAAGCGUGGUUAGUCGUCUGACACCAGAGUAUCUGGCGCCGAACUUCCGCAGUAUGGCUGAAGAAACGAAUAAGCUCGGGGUGGCACUUGCUUACAGAGAAGUGGAUCUUCACACAUUCACGCCCCAAUUCCCGUACGUCCCCUCGGGCCCCUACACAAGGGACGUGCGGCAGUUCAGCCGCAGUCAGAUUGCUCUCGCAGGUUACCGCCUCGGGCACGCACUUGAAGAGAUUUCCGCUUUCCUUCCCGUCCCUGAUAUUCUACACAGCACUUCGUUCCAGUCCGCGGGCAGGGUGAAUGCGUGA